GGCGAUUGGGUUUGGACUUUAGAGAGUUAACCAUGGGGGACUGGAGUUUCCUGGGUAACAUUUUGGAAGAAGUGAAUGAGCACUCGACUGUGAUCGGUAGAGUUUGGCUCACUGUUCUCUUCAUUUUUCGGAUACUUAUACUGGGAACAGCUGCGGAGUUUGUCUGGGGGGAUGAACAAUCUGAUUUUGUGUGCAACACUCAGCAGCCUGGUUGUGAAAACGUCUGCUAUGAUGAAGCUUUUCCUCUCUCACACAUUAGGCUGUGGGUUCUCCAGAUAAUCUUUGUGUCCACGCCGUCACUGGUCUACGUAGGGCAUGCUGUGCACCAUGUUCGCAUGGAAGAGAAAAGAAAGGAGAGAGAGGAGGCUGAAAUGAACAGGCAGCAUGAGAUGAAUGAAGAACGAUUACCACUUGCUCCAGAUCAGGGAAGCAUCAGGACCACAAAAGACACAAGUACCAAAGGAACCAAGAAGUUUCGCUUGGAAGGAACUCUCCUCAGAACCUACAUCUGCCACAUUAUAUUCAAAACCCUUUUUGAGGUGGGCUUUGUGGUCGGCCAAUAUUUUCUCUAUGGUUUCUCGAUCAAGCCCCUGUAUCGUUGCAAUCGGUGGCCCUGCCCAAACACUGUGGACUGCUUUGUUUCCAGACCAACUGAGAAAACUAUUUUUAUUAUGUUUAUGUUAGCCGUGGCUGCAGUCUCUCUCUUUUUGAAUGUCGUGGAGAUUAGCCACUUGGGUUGGAAGAAGAUUCGACUUGCUUUUCGGAGGAGCGAAGAUCAGCAUCCCCAGCAGCUGCCAGGAGAAGUUUCACAGAAAUCAAUGCACUCCAUAGCAAUUUCUUCUAUUCCAAAGUCUAAAGGCUAUAAGCUGCUUGAAGAAGAGAAAGUAGUCUCCCAUUUCUACCCAAUGACUGAAGUUGGAUUAAAAGCCAGCCCACUUCCAGCACAAUUUAAUGGCUAUGAAAAAGGCAGCACAGGGCUUCUAGAAGACAUCUCAAAGGGUUAUGAUGAAACUUUGCCAUCCUACCGUCAAGCAGAAGAGCUAGAUGCUGUUAAAGUGCAAGCUUCUGAUACUUUUGAACAGGCUUCUUCUGAACGUGCUGCUUCAAUGAGGUCCCCUUCAGUGCGUGCCCCUUCUGACCGAGCCCCCUCUGAGCGUGCACUUUCUGAAAGAGCACCCACUCGUGCUGCUUCUGAGCAUGCAGGUUCAGAGUAUACACCUUCUGUGCGAACACCUUCAAACAAUGCAACUCCCGAACGGGUACCCUCCCGAGCUGCCUCUGAAUAUGCACCAUUGGAUUGUGCCCGUUCUGAGCGAGCACCCUCCCGUGCUGCCUCUGAACAUGCCCCAUCUGAUCGUGCACCUUCGGAGCGAGGUUCUUCACGAGCAGCUUCGGAGCGGGCUCCAUCCCAACCUGCUCUCUUUGAACCAGUUUCUUCUAGAGCAGGCUCAGUUCAAGCUCUGUUAGAGAGCCCCCUUUUGUAUGCAACGUCUGAUCUGCCUCAAGAAGCAGAUGCCCCAAUUGAAAUUAUACCCUUAAAAUCACCCUCUAAACAGUCCCUAACCGAGCAAGCUCCCAUUCAGAUGGUUUCAGAUCAUGUCACAAAUGAUCCUACGCCAUCAGAGCAUGGCAACUCCAACCACGCUUUUCCUGACCCUGAAGCUUUAGAAUCAGAUAUUGUUGAAUAUGAACCACUUGGCCAUGAGAUGCCAUGGCUAAAUGCUGAGUUCAUUCCUGACUCCAGAUCGCUGAGCAGGUUAAGCAAAGCUAGUAGUAGAGCCCGUUCAGAUGACUUAACAGUCUAAAAUCAAAAAGGAAUGUUGAGGUGAAAAAAAAGAAGGUAUGGGGUGCAUGAAAGGGCAAAAAAAAAUCUGGAUUUUGAAAAAUGUGCUUUGAAAGACUAUAGUUCUUAUUUAAUCCCUUUAAGGUAUAUUUGGUUCAGCACUACCAUUGGCUGGUAGAAAAUAGGUUACAAAACUAAAUAAGGCCAAAUCUAUCUAUCUAUCUAUCUAUCUAUCUAUCUAUCUAUCUAUCUAUCAUCUAUCUAUCUAUCUAUCUAUUUAUCUAUCUAUCUAUUUAUCAUCAAUCUAUCUACUUUUUGUAGGUACGUCUGUCUAUACCUCUACAGUAUCUAAUUUAUUUUCUAUUUUGGCAAGGACAAAUAUUACUGCAUUUUUAAGAAUUGUAGGUUCAAUUUUAGUCUUGGUCUACUUUGGAACAAUUGGCUAAAUGUCAAUACUAUAAAAUGCCUUCUAGGCCAUUCAAUUAAAAAAUAUAUAUAUUAUUAUGUUGUUUGGAUCUGUUGGAUACAAUAAACACAAGUAUGGGAUCUAUUAUUCAGAAUUCUUGGGACCUGGGGGGUUUCUGGAUAAUGGAUCUUUUAGUAAUUUGGAUCUUUACGUCUACUAGAAAAUCAUGUAAACAUUAAAUAAACCCAAUAGGCUGUUUUUGCCUCCAAUAGGGACUAAUUAUACUGUAUCUUAGUUGGGAUCAAGUACAAAUUUGGGAUCAAGUACAAAUUUUUAUUAUUAUAGAGAGAAAGGAAAUCAUUUAUAAAAAUUUAGAUUAUUUAGAUAAAAUGGAGUCUCUGGGAGACGGCCUUUCCGUAAUUCUGAGCUUUCUGGAUAAUGAAUACCAUAUCUGUACAUACUUUCUCAUUAGCAGCCAGUUAAGGAUUAGUUGAUGGUAGAAAUACUUCUAGGGUAAACCUUGUGCCAAAGGUACAAUAAAAUAACAAUUUUUAAUAGAAAAAAACACCUGCCCAUUAGGUUUUAUAAGAAUAAGUGAAUAAAUACCAUAAACCAAACAUGGUAACCUGGAGAUUUGGUCAAGAGGGCAUGUUUUGGGGUUUAAGAAUAGACAACCUUGAAAACUCCCGUUUAUUGAAUUAUUGAGCAUAUACAAUGAGCCAAACACAUUUUAUACAUGACUCAGUAUUGAAUAGAUUUUUUGUGUAUGUGAUUUAAAUCUAUUACCUUUGCCAAUGCGGCUUGAGUACAACAAUGUGCACCACAUUAUAGUCACUAAAGCAUUUCUCUUUUCUUAGUGGCUGUAACUGUCCUCUGAAGACCAGAUCUAACUCCCAGUUGCGUUCAAUGUCUGUGCUUUUCCGCACUAAAGGAACAGACAGAUAGAAAAGGUAUAGGUAGAAAAGUCCUGUAUUUUUAACUCAUGUAAAAAAAAAACCUUAAUUCUUCAACAAAAUGUGAGGUAUGUUUUGCUCCAAGACCACAAUGCGCUGUAGAUGUGGGUCUAACCAUAACAAGAAGCGAGAUUAUACCUUCAACAGAUUUGAUUUUUCUUUAGAAAAACCAAAUUCAUCCAAAAGUUCAAGCUAAGUUGGUUUUUAUCAGAUGUUUCUUUUUGAAAGUCAGAGAUAUUCCAAGUAUGAAGUUUUGCAGCUGUUGCAACAUGGGAUCUAUUAUCUGGAAACUUUGGGACCUGGGGUUCUCAUGAUAAAGGGGUCUUUCUUCUAAAAUAUUUUCUUUUAACAACUCUAAAACUUCUAAAAAAAUCCUUUAGAUGUUAGCAAGAAGGCAAUUUCUUAUAAAGAUUUAGAAAAAAUAAUAAAUCAGUCAAAUUGAAAAAUUCUAUGGAAAUUGGCAUUCCUGUAUUUUGGAGCUUUCUAGGUGACGGGUUUCUGGAUAAUAGAUGUCAUACAUGUGCGACCAAAGCAGGUGAUGUAUAGGAAUUCUCUCUAUAGAACUGACCUGCAACAAAUAUAAAUAAGUACUAUUAUAAAUACAAUCUCAAAAUAAGAUUGAAUUUGGCAGUUUGACCCAUUAUUUGAGACUAUGUUACCUAAUUUUAAACUGGGUGAAUUUUCUGUUGAAGGUUAAUUUGAUGCCCAGACUGAUCUUAGAGACAGUAAACCCUUGGGAGGCUGGUAAAUUUCCUUUAUAUCUUCAAUGGUCAGAACAUUAGAAGUUGGUUGGGAUAAUGUCUUACCUGACGUAGAGUUGAUGUAAAAAUGUCACCAUUUAUUACUUGACCCUUAAUCAUUAUAACCUUUUUGUUUUCCAUUCUACUGUCUCUGCUCCUGGAGAAUAAUUUCACUCUUGAUAUGGACUGUUCUGAGCCCAUUUCAUAGGUGACCUACUGUGCCAUUGUCUGAAGAGCACAUCUUCUUGUAGCCUUCUCCUUUCCAAAGCAAAGUCAGCCUUCUCUGUCCCAGGACAGUACCCUCAUGGCAUUACACACUAGAUCUUCUAUUAGAACUUGAAACAAAUCUCAGGAGGAAGGCUUGUUUACAUAUAAAAUAGCUAUGGGCAAGUUCUAACCGAAAGCCAUUGGAAACGUUGUUAUAGAUGUUAGAAAAUUUCUAAGUAACCUCAUACAUCAAGAAAUAUUUUUGGUGCUACUCAAGGGUGGUAAAUAUAGAAACAAUGACAUAACGCUGGUCGUGUAAAAUAAGUAAAAAGUCUUGCUCAGAAGAGUUGGAGAAGACACAAGCAGGCCACAGGCCUGAGGCUUAAGAAAGGACACCAAGUUCCACCUAAAACUCGAGGAAGGAAUAUCCUGAUAGUUCCUACCAAAAAAAUUACUUUGUAUUUGCAGUGUAUUAGAAAAAAUACAUCUUUUUUACAUCACUUUUUUAGCUGUAAAACAAGCAUUUGCUGCAGGAAAUGAGUUUUAUACGAUAGAGAACCUUUGUUAGGCAUUGACAUGGUUUCAUUACCAGAAGAAGGGAACAAUAUCUUGUGCCGUUGGGUUUCACUCGAUCAUUCAGGACCAGACGUCUAAACUUGAAUAUAUAUAGCGACGAUAAACUGUUGAAUUAUGUUCCUUAAUAAAUUUAAUUGUCUAUGAAAUAGC